AAUUCAACUGGAUUUAAUUAAUAUUAAAUAACUAAACGUUAAGUGAACAGUUGUUUUGGUGCAGUGAUGAUUAUGAAUAGAAUAUGAUUGCAGAAUAGAUAUAUAAGAAGAUUUGUGAAUAAUUAUUGACAAAUCAAAGAUAAUUCAAUUCGUCAGUCAGGCGAUUGGCCCACACGAGACUGUAAAAAGAAGAUAGGGUUAAUAUAUUCCGGAACUAUAAAAUAAAAAAUAGUAAUGAAGGCCUUCAUCGAAUUCCAACAAUAUAAAAAAUGUAUUGUUUUAUUGAUUGUGGGAACUAUUUGCAGUAUUUCAGCAUUAAUAAUUUUUUUAAUUGAUCCAGUGAAAACGGUGCUAGCAUCUAAACUUAGAAUGGCGCCUGGAUCAUUAGCUUUUACGCUUUGGAUGAAACCACCUCUUGAUAUUUUCUUCUACGUAUAUAUAUUUAAUAUUACAAAUGCCGAAGCUUUUCAAAAUGGAGAAGAGAAACUUAAAGUAGAAGAAAUCGGCCCUUAUGUCUACCAGGAGUUUUUAGAGAAUGGAAAUAUAACAUGGAACGAUAACAAUACGAUAUCAUAUGUUCCGAAGCGAACGCUAAUUUUCAGGCCAGAUUUAUCAGUUGGACAACCUGAAAAAGAUUAUGUUACUGUGCCAAAUAUCCCCAUGCUUGGAAUUUCUUCAGCUUUGUACAAGUCUGGUUUUUUUAUAAAUUACUCAUUUAGCCAAUUAGCUAGUUAUUUAGGUAGUGAACCUAUAUUAAACGUCACUCUUUACGAUUAUCUAUGGGGUUAUGAUGAUCGAUUAGUUCAAUUGGCUGGCUCUGUCGUCCCCAGUUACAUCAAUUUCCAUAAGUUCGGUCUACUAGAUAGAAUAUAUGACGAAGGAGAAAAUCUUUUAAAUAUGAAUAUUAACAAUAACAACGAUAUGAUUAACGAAGAGAAUAGAUACUUGAGUAUCGAAUCAAUUAAUGGCAGUCCAGGAUUAUCUCAUUGGGGAUACGUGCAAAUUGAAGGAAAUGAAACACGGCCUGAAAAUACAAAAUGCAAUCAGAUACGCGGAGUGACAGAAGGCACAAUUUUCCCCUCCCAACUAGAUUCUAAGGCAGUAUUUCGAGUUUAUCGAAAAGCCUUUUGUCGACCUAUGCCUAUAGUUUUUGUAAAGGAGGUAAAUUGGGAAGGCUUACUAGGAUAUCAAUAUACUUUAUCUGCGGACUUUGCCGAUCCACCGGAAUUAAAUCCAGAUAAUGCGUGUUACUGCUUCAAAGGAGAAUGUAUGAAAAAGGGAUUAAUGAACUUGACGCCAUGUUACUAUAAGAUACCAACAGCAGCCUCUUUGCCUCAUUUCCUCGAUGCUGAUCCAUCGUUAUACGAUGGUAUAGAAGGACUGAAUCCCGAUCCAAAGAAACAUUCAAGCAUAAUCAUUAUACAGCCGAACAUUGGAAUUCCGAUGUAUGUACACUCGAGACUGCAAACAAAUCUUAUAAUGAAAGAAACGGUAUACAACUCUAAGAUCAAACCUUUUAAUAGCUUAACCGUACCACUUUUCUGGACUGAUCUUGUAGUCACAUCCUUACCGGACGAUUUAGCCUUUCUCAUAAAGUUUGCUGUCGUCAUAAUGCCUGUAGUGCAAGUAAUGUUUAUCAUUUGUCUGGCUAUCGGAGGAGCAGGGACUAUUUGUUGGUCCCUUGUGCGAUUUCUGAUGAUUUUACAGCAAAAGCGCCAAGACGCAUUGGACAUGGAAAGUCACGAAAAUGCCGACCUCAGAUUACCUCUUGGCUACGGACAAUACACAGCCAUACGUAUAUUACCAACUAUUAAGAAGAUCACCUCGAAAACUGAUCUUUUUGCGUAAAUCUACGAUAAUAAUAUGCUACCUGUGCA